UUUUCAAUUUUUUGGCAACAUCGGACCAGCAGACACCUUUAGUUGUUUGCUUCUCUUUCGUUUCUAAUGCUUUAUGUCUUUUAGUUUUUAGCAUUUUUGGGGAGUAAUGCUUCCAUUUAUCAAACUCCUGAGAACAUGCUAAAAUAUUUACAAAUAUAUAAUAGGAAUGUUGGCAACCCCAAAUAAGCAACUCCUAUGUUCUUUGUACUAAAAUUAUAACUGUCGUUUUUAUAUUGUCUUAUAUACAUACUUUUAUAUUGUCAUACAUACAUAGUUUGCCGCUAUUACAUUUUGUUAUGUUUAUUGUACAUUGUUAAGUCGUCUAGUAAACAUCACACAGUCAUAUACGCGGUUAACUUUGGGUUAGAAUUAAACUCCAUUGUUUCACUCAACCACCUGAUAAUCAUAACAAUUGGCGACGAGGAUUUUAAACAUAAAAAAAAAUUGCAACGACAUUGCAAUAUAAAAAAAAAACACGAUCGUUUUAUUUUUUUUUGUUGCGAGUGAAAUUAAUAAACACAAUGACUUCUUUGGAACAAGUGGUUGGACAACUCCUAGCGCGUCAACAAGAGGCUAUGGAAAAACAACACCAACUAAUGGAAAGACUGAUUAUUGCUACACAAGGAUCAACGGCAAGUAAUGUAAGUGGGUCAACAACACCUUCUGCAAGUGUAACUGCCCCAGAAGCCUUGAUGGACAUUUUAUCGAAAAAUAUACGUGAGUUUACCUACGAACCUGAAGAAAACCAGAUUUUCGGCACUUGGUACGAGCGCUAUGAAGAUGUUUUCCAGGUUGAUGCAGAUCAACUUGAUGAUGCUGCAAAAGUGAGGUUAUUGUUGAGAAAGGUUAGUAAUGGCGUUUUUAACAAAUACAAAGACUACUUACUUCCAAAACAACCUCGUGACGUCACAUUCCAACAAACAGUGGACAUCUUGAAAAAACUUUUUGGAAGGAAAGAGAGUCUAUUCAGUACUCGUGUAAAAUGUAUAACAAAUGUAAAAAAAGAAGACGAAGACAUAAUCAGUUACGCAGCCAAAGUAAAUCGCCAUUGUGAAAAUUUUUUAAUAAAUAAAUGCACUGCGGAUAAUUUUAAAUGCCUUAUAUUUGUAAAUGGAUUGUCAUCGCAUAAGGAUCAAGAAUAUAAAGCGAGACUUUUGACUCUACUAGAGUCUGAAACGGAGCAAAAUCAAUUGAAUUUGGAUAAUUUAGUCGCUGAAGUGGAACGUAUCAACAGUCUUAAACGCGAUGUUUCAACAAAUGAAAAUCCAAAUGUCAACUCAGUUCAUAGUUCCAAGCAACGUACACCACAGAAUGCUAAUAAAGACCUAAAGCCAAGGCGACCGUGCUGGCAAUGUGGAAAUAUGCAUUUUGUCCGUGAUUGUGGUUAUACAACACACAAAUGCUCACAGUGUGGUAAAGUUGGACAUAAGGAAGGAUUUUGCUCAUGCUUUCCAGAUAAAAAGCCAAAUAUAAACAAAAAUAAUCAGCAACAUCAAAAUAAAAGUAAUUUCAAGAAAACGCGUAAAACAAUAAAAAGCGUAUAUGCAACCACAGCAGCAUGUCAAAAUAGACGAUACAUUUCAUUACAAAUUAACAAUGUAAAUCUCUCUCUUCAACAUGAUACUGGUUCGGAUGUCACGAUCAUCUCAAAGAAGAACUGGGUUAAAAUUGGUAAACCAACUUUAGAAAUUUCUCAGCACAAGCCAAGAGAUGCUUCUACAAAUGAAAUUAACAUAAUAGGUCUGUUUCAGUGUACAGUGGUUAUCAAUAAUCAAAACCAAACAUGCAACAUUUUGGUAUCAUCACUUCCUGAUUUAAAUCUUUUCGGUUCUGACUUAAUGGAACAAUUUAAAUUGUGGAACCAACCCAUUGAUUCUUAUACAUCGUGUAAACAACUUCAAGUUAACAACACACUCACAGAAUCUGAAUUGCGUAAAACAUACCCAGAAGUUUUUAGGAAUGAAAUUGGACACUGCACUCAUUUUAAAGUUCACCUACAACUUAAACCACAAGCUGUUCCUGUUUUUCGUCCUAAAAGGCAAGUAGCGUAUGCAGCAAAAGAUCAACUAGACAGUGAAAUUCAAAAACUUGAACGGGAAGGUAUCAUUUCACCAAUAAAUUUUUCUGAAUGGGCUGCACCCAUUGUGGUGGUGAAAAAGGCUUCUGGUAAUCUACGUAUUUGUGGGGAUUACUCCACUGGACUAAAUGAUCAGCUAGAACCUCACACGUUUCCACUACCUCUUCCAGAUGAAAUUUUUAUAAAUUUUAACAACUGUUCAAUAUUUUCAAUAAUUGAUUUAAAUAAUGCCUACAUGCAAAUAGAAGUCGACGAUGACACGAAAAAACUACUAGUUAUUAACACUCAUCGUGGCUUGUACACUUUUAAUCGGCUUGCCCCAGGUGUGAGAUCGGCUCCUGGUGCUUUUCAACAGUGUAUGGAAUCAAUUAUUUCUGGUAUUAAAGGCGUUUUUCCUUAUCUGGACGAUGUUAUUGUAGCCACACCAACACGCGAAGAAAAUAUAGCAGCUGUAAAACAGGUAUUUGAACGUUUAAAAAAAUACAACAUUACAGUGAAUUUUGAAAAAUGCAAAUUUUUUAAAACUUCGUGUACAUACCUUGGUUACCAUUUUGAAAAAAAAGGCGUUUAUCCAGAUAAAAAUAAAAUUAAAAAAAUUUUACAAUUUUCGCCUCCCAAGAAUAUUAGUGAAUUGCGGUCUUUUCUAGGAGCAAUUAACUACUACGGUAAAUUUCUACAUGAAAUGAGAAAGCUUAGAGAUCCUUUGGAUAAUUUACUCAAGAAAAACACAGCAUGGAAUUGGUCAUCAUCAUGUCAACGCAGUUUUGAGCGGUUUAAACAGCUUCUGUCAUCUGAUUUGUUGCUUACUCACUUUGAUCCAAAGCUUCCUAUCAAAGUAGCAGCUGACGCCUCAAACGUUGGACUGGGUGCAUAUAUCUGUCAUGUUUUUCCUGAUGGCAGCGAAAAAGCAAUUUAUCAUGCGUCAAGGUCUCUCACUCCAGCUGAGAAAAAUUACAUUGCAAUACAUUUCAACUCAUGA